UUUUAAUUAUUAGAUCACCAUCAUGGCUAAUGAGGGCAGUCCCAAGGCUGAUGAUAGUCCUUUUACAUCAGAUAAGCAUGCCCAGUUCAUCAUGGCUCAGAUCAAUAAAAUGAGGAAUGGACAGCAUUUCUGUGACGUGCAACUACAAGUUGGGAAAGAAACUUUUAAAGUUCAUCGACUGGUUUUGGCUGCCAGUAGUCCCUACUUUGCAGCUUUGUUCACUGGUGGAAUGAAAGAGUCCUCAAAAGAUGUUGUACAGAUUCUAGGAAUUGAAGCUAGAAUCUUUCGGGUACUUCUAGAUUUCAUUUACACAGGUAUAGUGAAUAUAGGGGUGCAUAAUGUCCAGGAGCUGAUCGUUGCAGCAGACAUGUUGCAGUUGACUGAAGUUGUUAAUCUUUGCUGUGAAUUUCUGAAAGGACAAAUUGAUCCGUUGAACUGCAUUGGGAUUUUUCAGUUCUCUGAGCAAAUUGCCUGCCAUGAUCUUCUGGAAUUCACAGAAAACUACAUUCAUGUCCAUUUCUUGGAGGUUCAUCGUGGGGAAGAGUUCCUGGCACUUACAAAAGAUCAGCUGGUUAAAAUUUUGCGAAGUGAGGAGCUUAGCAUUGAGGAUGAAUACCAGGUCUUCUUAGCUGCAAUGCAGUGGAUUCUGAAAGAUCUGGGAAAGAGAAGAAAACAUGUAGUAGAAGUUCUAGACCCAAUACGAUUCUCUUUACUACCUCCUCAGAGGCUUUUAAAGUAUAUAGAAGGCGUGUCUGAUUUUAAUCUUCGUGUUUCAUUGCAAACACUUCUGAAAGAAUACUGCGAAGUGUGCAAAUCUUCCAAAGAGAACAAGUUUUGUAAUUUUCUGCAGACCUCUAAGGUUCGACCUCGGAAGAAAGCAAGAAAGUACCUAUAUGCAGUAGGUGGAUAUACUCAACUGCAGGGGGGUCGCUGGAGUGAAAGCAGAGCUCUCAGCUGUGUAGAACGCUUUGACACCUUUAGCCAGUACUGGACGACUGUGUCUUCACUGCAUCAGGCUCGAUGUGGGCUGGGAGUAGCAGUUCUGGGAGGCAUGAUUUAUGCUAUUGGAGGUGAAAAGGAUUCAAUGAUUUUUGACUGUAUGGAAUGCUAUGAUCCAGUUACUAAACAGUGGACAGCAGUAGCUUCAUUGAAUCAACCCCGCUGUGGUUUGGGAGUGUGUGUGUGUUAUGGGGCUAUCUAUGCUUUGGGUGGAUGGGUUGGAGCUGAGAUAGGGAACACCAUUGAAAGAUUUGAUCCAGAUGAAAAUAAAUGGGAAGUCGUUGGCAAUAUGGCUGUGUCACGCUAUUACUUUGGGUGCUGUGAAAUGCAAGGUUUAAUUUAUGUGGUUGGAGGUAUCAGCAAUGAAGGAAUAGAGCUUCGUUCUUUUGAAGUUUAUGAUCCACUUUCCAAGCGCUGGUCUCCACUUCCUCCAAUGGGAGCCAGGAGAGCAUAUCUUGGGGUAGCUGCACUGAAUGACUGUAUGUAUUCUGUUGGAGGAUGGAAUGAGACGCAAGGUGCUCUUCACACUGUAGAAAAAUAUUCCUUUGAAGAGGAAAAGUGGGUUGAAGUUGCCUCAAUGAAGGUACCUAGAGCAGGAAUGUGUGUUGUGGCUGUCAACGGGCUUCUGUAUGUUUCUGGAGGACGAUCUUCCAGCCAUGAUUUCUUGGCUCCAGGAACCUUGGACUCAGUUGAAGUUUACAACCCUCAUUCAGACACAUGGACUGAAAUUGGUAAUAUGAUCACUAGUCGUUGUGAAGGGGGUGUUGCCGUACUAUGAAAUGUAAGGCCUACAAGGACACGAGCAACUUUCUGAAAAUAUGAGACCUGGUCUUUGGCAAAUCAAAUGUGUAUUUUGUCACAGGAUCCUUUGAACGGGGUUUUCCAUGUACUUGGUUGAAAAAUGACUACAGAGAUUUUUAUAAGAAUUUGGAGAAGGUAAGGGGAAGGUGGGGGGAGAAAAGGGAAGCCAAUCACAAUGAUCUA